AUGCCGCCUAUGAGGGAGCGUGGAGCGAUCUGGUCGCUCGCAACUAAGAGACUGGAAAAUCGCAUCCGAGCUCUGGAGGUGGCAAACCCGGAUGUCUGCCCUACUCAGGCCGCGUCCGCGUCGGGAUCCAGGGCUAUCAAACCUGCGCGUGUCUCUGCGAAUGCGGCUUCCACUUUUAAGCCAAAGCCGGACGGAAAGUGUCCACUCUGCAAAGAGAAUCAUCUGCUCUCCUACUGCGCCAAAUACAAGGGCAUGACCGUGGCUAACCGGGGUGAGUUGGCCAAGAAAUUUAACUUGUGCCUCAGCUGCCUACGCACGGGGCAUCGAGUAAAUGCGUGCGCGGCAACAGGUCGAUGUCUGGUCUGUUCCGGUAAGCAUCACACAUCGCUACAUGGCUUUACAUUUCAGCACGUUGCAAACCUCGAGUCGUCGGAGGGAGGUGACAUCGGCACGGUGACGAGUAGCACUGCGACUACGAGUGUCGCUGCUUUAGCGACGCCGACUGCGCCCACGGUUCUCCUGAAGACGGCUAUGGUCACCUUGCUCAGUGACUCGGGGCACGCGAUCAAGGUCCGAGCACUCCUGGACUCGGGUGCACAGUCAACCUUCGUGACGGAGUGGGUUGCGCAGCAGUUGCACGCCAGUCGACGGCGAGUGAACGUGACAGUUCUGGGUCUCCAGGAGGCUCACAUGGGCGUGGUUUCUUCUUCCUGCAGGCUCACUGUGAGCUCUCCUCAUAAGCCGAGCUUGCGCCUUCCAACCGAAGCUCUGGUGCUUCGAAGCUUGAUAAGUUUAUUGCCGCCGGAGCGCGUGAGGACGACGUCUUGGCCGCAUCUCAGCGGGUUGGAGCUGGCGGAUCCAGCCUACGACGUCCCGGCCCCGGUCGGUGCCGUGCUCGGCUCGGACGUCUAUGAUCUGGUGAUGGAACCGGCCCUGCGUCAUGGACCACCGGGCUCUCCCUCUGCGCAGCUCACUGCGUUUGGUUGGGUACUGUCCGGGCUGGCUUCGGUUGACCGUGGGAUGACGACCGCACAUUACAUUUCGGUUAACUUUGCGCGAACCAACGAGGAUCUCUCUCGCGCAGUUCAGCGCCUGUGGGAGUUAGAGGAGGUUAGCUCUCAGUCGCCUCUGACUCCUGACGAGAUUUGGGCGGAGCAACAAUUUCGCGAGACGCAUUCUAGGAAUCCAGACGGACGCUACAUCGUCCGCCUACCAAGGAGAAGAGAAGAAGAAGUCAAACUCGGCAAUUCACGUCGAGCCGCGAUGACCAUACUCUUGAAUUCCGAGCGCAGACUAGGCACGAAAGCGGAGCUCCGUAAACGCUACGCCGACUUUAUGGUCGAGUAUCUAGCACUUGGCCACAUGGACUUGGUGAGUCCUGAAGCUCUCACUGCACGGGAGUCGUAUUAUCUGCCGCAUCACGCGGUAUUUAAGGCAGGAGACUCCUCCAAUAAGAUUCGGGUCGUUUUUAACGGGUCAUUUCGUACUACGUCGGGCUUUUCGUUAAACGACGCACUUCUGCCAGGGCCACGUCUUCAGUCGGAUCUGUGGACCGUCUUAACGAGAUAG